AUGUCUGAGCAGAUUAUGAGUACCAAACAGAAGAUGAUGAGUAGAUACCUAAUUCUCAUGUUUCUGAUAAAAUUCAUCAAUGCAGUUUUGUUAGCUCCUUUCUUGGUCUGUUAUUUAUCUUUUGCUCAAACAGUUGGUGUUAAUGUGAGACUGAUGAAUGGUACCAGUCGCUGUGCUGGUCGAGUGGAGGUUCUUCAUAGAGGUCAGUGGGGAACAGUGUGUGACAUUGGCUGGGAUAUGGCUGAUGCUGCAGUGGUGUGUAGAGAACUGGACUGUGGAGAACCUGUAGAUACUCUAGGUGAUGCUCCUUUUGGACCAGGACCAGGACCAAUUUGGAUAAAUAGGGCCAUGUGUAGUGGAUCAGAGUCAACACUGAAGAACUGCGGGGCAGAUGGAUGGGGUAAACGAAGACCUUGUGAUACUAAAGAUCCUGGAGUCAUUUGCUCAGAGGUCAGGCUGGUUGGAGGUUCUCGCUGCUCUGGGAUGUUAGAGAUCCUUCAUAAUCAGACGUGGAUGUCAGUGUGUGAUGCUGCCUUUGACCAGCAGGAUGCAGAGGUUGUGUGUAGAGAGCUGGACUGUGGGGCUCCUGUACAGGUGCUGAGAGCUGCUGCUUUUGACAAAGGAGAUGCUCAGAUGUGGACACAAGAGAUUCACUGCACAGGAAAUGAGUCUCAGAUUCACCUCUGUCCAACAUCACCUUCACAGGAAAAUAACAGUUCUCAUUACAGUGUUGGACUACUUCUCUUUAAAAUCUGUACAACUUUCAUUCUUUCUGUUCGAAAUGUAGAAAAUGUCAGGCUGGUUGGUGGUCACAGUCGCUGUGCUGGUCGAGUGGAGGUUCUUCAUAGAGGUCAGUGGGGAACAGUGUGUGAUGAUGGUUGGGAUUUGGCUGAUGCUGCAGUGGUGUGUAGAGAACUGAACUGUGGAGAACCUGUAGAUGCUCUGCGUGAUGUUCAAUUUGGACCAGGAUCAGGACUAGUCUGGAUGAGUUCUGUCAUGUGUUCUGGAUCAGAGUCAACACUGAAGAACUGUGGGUCAUUAGAAUUGCGUAAAUCUGGCUGUUCUUACGGUAAUUAUGCUGGAGUCAUUUGUUCAGAGGUCAGGCUGGUUGGAGGUUCUCACUGCUCUGGGAGGUUAGAGAUCCUUCAUGAUCAGACGUGGAUGUCAGUGUGUGAUGCUGCCUUUGACCAGCAGGAUGCAGAGGUUGUUUGUAGAGAGCUGGACUGUGGGGCUCCUGUACAGGUGCUGAGAGCUGCUGCUUUUGACAAAGGAGACGCUCAGAUGUGGACACAAGAGAUUCACUGCAGAGGAAAUGAGUCUCAGAUUCACCUCUGUCCAACGUCACCAGCAGAGAAAAACAACUGUUUAGAUAUCAGCACAGUUGGGCUGGUGUGUGCAGACCAUGUCAAUGUUAGACUUGUAAAUGGUCACAGUCGCUGUGCUGGUCGAGUGGAGUUUUAUCACAGAGGUCAGUGGGGAACAGUGUGUGACAGUUGUUGGGAUUUGGCUGAUGCUGCAGUGGUGUGUAGAGAACUGGACUGUGGAGAACCUGUAGAUGCUCUGGGUGGUGCUUACUUUGGAAAAGGAUCAGGACCAACCUGGAUAGGUUUUGUCACAUGUACUGGAUCAGAGUCUACACUGAAGAACUGUGGAACAGGAAGGCGUUUUGCAAGCUGUGAGCUUGCAAAUAGUGGAGAUGCUAUAGUCAUCUGCUCAGGUAAACUGCUCUAAACCUAUU